AGUUUUUUCCCCCAAACAAACACCAAAAACAUUAAAAUCAACAAUAUACAACGUGUUCAUCAUGAUCUGGUUGGCUUGCUUACUUGCUUUCCAUUCCAUUAUUAGAAUAACAUCAUCAUCAUCAUAAUAUUAUCUACAUAAUCGAUUAUCAUCUUUCAGAUUUAUCAUCAUUUUCAACCAGUAACGCCUUUGUUGGUGACAGUGAUCAUCUCAUCCAUAGACAAACACUCACGCAUACACACAAACAGUAUCAUCAACAUUUAAUUGUAAAUGUAAGGUUCAUUUUUCCAAAUUAAAUAGUUGUUGUAUGUGCGCACAUACUAUUUGUUGAUCAUUUUCAAAUGAAUUUGUUUUAAUUACAUUUUUUUUUUAAUAAUAUUGGAUCGGCAAAUUUUUCUGUACUGUUUUUUGAAUUGGUUACUGUAGGUGUGUACAUCAUCAUCAUCUCCAUCAUUAUCAUUAUUUAUUCUUUAUAACUUGAUUAACACGGAUACAUCUGAUAAAUUCUAUUCCAAAAAGAAUCAGAAUGAGUUUAGUUAAACUUGUUCCUAUUAGUCGUAUCAAAUAUCUGACUAAAAUUCGUGAAGUGACCAUCGAUGAUCUAACAUUUCGUUUACAUUAUCGUUUUACAUUCUCAUUUCUAAUCAUUGGUAGUCUUCUGUUGGCUGGUGAACAAUUUUUCGGCAAACCAAUACAAUGUAUCAAUAUUAAAGAUGGAACCGUUCCCGAUGCCGUAAUCAAUUCCUAUUGUUGGAUUGAAGGGACAUUUACUUUACCUAAAGGAUUGAUGAAAAUUAUUGGCUAUGAAGUAUCUGCUCCCGGUGUUGAACAAUAUAAAGAUUUUGUCGAAGAGGCUAAACAUGAAAAAGAUGAAGUUAUUGAACAUUCCUAUUAUCAAUGGGUCGGUGUGGUUCUUUUUCUUCAAGCAUUAACUUUCUAUGUAGCACAUUUAUUCUGGAAAGCAUGGGAAAAAAACAAAAUGAGAGACAUAAUAAAUGAUCUGAACAAAGCAAUAUUGGCUGAUGCAAAGAAAACAACAGGGAAAUUAAAUCUUGUUAAUUAUCUUUAUGCAUCAUUUGGACGUAACGAUAGCUAUGCAUUUCGAUAUUUUCUUUGUGAAAUAUUGAACAUGGUAAACGUAAUCAUACAGAUGAUGUUUAUCAAUUGGUUUUUGGGUGGACAAUUCGCUAGCUAUGGUCUUGAUGUUUUAGCAUUUCUUGAUGGUGAUUAUUCUGAACGAAUCGAUCCAAUGGCUAAAACAUUUCCAAAAAUGACUAAAUGUACAUUCAGACGAUUUGGUCCAUCUGGCGAUAUUGUCAAAACUGAUCAUCUUUGUAUGUUACCAUUGAAUAUAUUGAAUGAAAAAAUGUAUGUCGUAUUCUGGUUUUGGUUAUAUUUGGUCGCCAUAUUUUCUGCCAUAUCAAUUAUUCGACGAAUGGUUUUGAUGGUCUUUUCGGGUGUACGAUAUUUUAUACUGGCUAAAUUUCAACGAUUUGCUGAGCCAAAAGAUUUACAGAUUGUACUCAAAAAAUCCGUUUAUGCUGAUUGGUUUGUUAUCCAUCUGCUAAGUAAAAAUAUUGAUCCAAUGCAUUUCCGUGAGGUGAUUCGAGAUUUAGCUCAACUAAUAACAGAUGAAAAUUCUCCAAAACAUCCUAAUUAUGAAAAACAAAUCGAUACAAAUGUUUGAAAAAAUAGUCAAAUUUUUUAAAAUUUAAAUUCGAUACAAAUUACUUUUAUUUUCUUUACAACAAUAAAUUUGGAUAAAUCCUUCUUUGCUCAAUUUUUUUUCUGUAUAAAAAAAAAAACAAAUGUUUUCCGCUUCCAAUAGGCAACACAAACACACACCUAAAUCAUUUGUAAUAUUUUUAUAGUUACAAAUAAAAUGUUAAUAAAAGAAAAAUUAUUUUUCAUUUCAUUUCA